CUUCUACUAUAGCCACUACUCCUACUAUAGCUUAAAAUGUUACUAUGUUUGUGUAACAGUGCAUUAACUCGACACUCAUAGUAUUGUAUGUCACCCUAUUUGUGACAUAAUUUAUUAGUCUAAUGCAAAAUGUGUCUGAUAGUGCUGGCUUGACACAGGUGUUUUUUUAAACAGGAAUAAUGUAUCAUGCCAAUAUGACUCAUCGUCAAAUGGGAACUACAAAAUACAGAAUCUUAUUGUAUAGGACUAAUUAAUUGUUAGGUUGACAAUUUAUAAUUAGCAUGAUGCACUAGUCCAUCAAGAUGGACUCAGUGUGCUAUUAUAGAAUAAUUACAUUCUGGGUCAGUCCCUGUCUCUCAACAAAAUCAUAAAAAUGUUGUUAUCCUUUUGUUACCUUUUUAAUGUUGUAUACCCCACAGUUUAAAAGACUAUAACUCUACUCUGCCUAAAUUCUAUUUUGCCAGUAUUUAAUGAUCAAAUUUGACAAUUGGAAAGAAAAGAGGACAUCCAUUUCAUAAGACAAGGUAAGGCAAUGUGAUUUAUUGAAUGAUACAAAUCAAUUGAAAUUGUAUAUUUCCAGCUGACUUGUUGAUUGGACAAAUGCACCUUGUGAAUGUGGCUUUAGUAGUUCUAUUCACUGUGAAUAGAAAGCAGAUUAGGAUAAAACUUACAUUUACUUAGACUGACUGCACUAUACUUGUGUAUUCUAUACAACAUUGAUUUAAUUAUGUGUGUGUCCAGAAUUCUUGGAUGUAGAUUAUUGUAAUGUAAUUCUUAUUUUUUUUUUUGUAGUUUCAGAUAAGCAUGUCUUUUUGAACUGGCCAGAAAAUAUGAUUUAAGUGGAGGGUAUGGAGCCAGCUUUUACUACAUACAGUCCAGUCAAAAAGAGACGGAAAUGCAAUGAUGCUCAUUGUGGAAAGCCACCAGUUGGCAGUGUAGUUGAGAACCCUACAACACUCUUUCAAACAUGUAUAGAGUAUAUAGCCAGAAACAUCCACAUGGUGGAAUCCCUUUAUGGUUUUCCAGAUAUUGUAGGAUUCAAAAUCUUCCAAUUUGCUAAAGAUAUAGGGAAAUUCAACAGUGUGACAACACAGUCUUUGUCAGCCAUGGAGCUGUUCUGCGAGGCAUAUGGAUCUGACGUCCUGAGUUGUUUGACAUUGCGAUGCUGUCAUAUAGGUAUUGCUGAUUACCUUGAUCACCUGUGUUUAUUCACUCACCUAGUAGAACUUGACAUUGGUCAGUGUGGUCUGGGGGAUGAUCAUGAGUUGCUGCAGCACAUUGGACAGUUAAACAGACUGAAGAAGUUAUGCCUGUGUGAGAAUGGUCUGUCAGACAAGGGGGUUCAGAGGAUGACGAUUCCGCUGCGCAUCUUCAAAAGAGGGCCUGUUAGUUUACACACCUUAGAUUUAUCAGAGAACAGAGAGAUCACACACAGAGUGGCCAGAUAUCUGAGGUGUUUUGAUGGGCUGUUAAAGCUGAAUGUAUCAGGCACAUCUAUCUUGCCAUGUGAUGAAGAAAAACUAGAAGCUGAUCUACAGAUGUUAUCAGUUUUGGAACAAAGCAUUGAUGACUGCUGUAAAACAGAAAACAAAGGCUGGGCGUCAGACGUGGUUUGUGAUUGGAUGAGUCAGUCUGCUCGUCUAAUCAAAGCUGCCAAAAUAGAGACUCAAACCAGCAAAUUUUACAACAGGAAAGCCAAACUCCUUUCUGCACUUAACAGAGACGACAACAAUGACUGUACCAGUAUUCCGUCAAAAAAAUCAUUUCUCUAUUUCGUGAGGAAAGAGAAUUGUGUAAUUACAAACAUUUAUUCUUCAUAUGAUUUUAAAAAAUCACUAGAUGAAACAUUAUUUACCCCAGCUGCAAAAUGCUCAGACUUGCCAUUUGCAGCAUGCAGUUCCACAAAGGACAGCAGUAAACUGACAUCUAGGAAACAGGAAGCACAGACCUUACGGCAAAAAGUCACCAUCGAGGAAAGUGAUGAGGACAUUUGUAAUUUGUAUGCAUCACAAAGCACUCCACAUCAUCAAAAUCAAUCAUUAUCUGAUUUCCUGUCCACAUGGUGAUUCAAGUCUUCUUUAGAAAGGGUAAUCCAUCCUUGUUGCUGAAGUCUUUGGUGUUGAUUUGAGCAUACUAAAAAUGGUUCAGGUAGUAUUCAAACA